AUGGAACGCUUCGUAGAGAUGGAAAUCGAAGAUGCAAUGGAUGACCGCCCCAGAUUCACAGAGGAAGAGCUGCAAAAGAUCCAGCAAGCCAGGUUACAGCCGAGAACGGUGGUGACGACCCGUCCACCCUCGCUGGGGUAUAUCUCCAUUGCUUGCAUCAUCAUCAACCGCAUGGUGGGAACUGGGAUAUUCAGGACUCCCACCACCGUGGCCCAUGGUACCCAUACCGUGGGCUACAGUCUCGUCUUCUGGGCUGCUGGGGCUAUCGUCGCGAUCGCAGGGGUUCUCGUCUUUGCAGAGUUUGGCAUGACUGUCCCGAGACUGACGAUAGAGAAUGAGCACCAGAAAGAAUCGGUGCCUCGAAAUGGAGGCGAGAAGAACUAUCUCGAAUACAUGGUCAAACGCCCGCUCUACCUGGCCACCUGUGUCUAUGGCAUCCCCUUUAUCUGCCUGGGCACUGCCGCGGGCAAUGCAAUUGUCUUUGCGGAAAAUAUCAUGCUGGCAUCCGGCAAGGAGGCCAUCAACGGUUCGGUGCGAGGUAUCGCCAUCGGUGUCAUCACCUUUGCUUGUCUGCUGCACGCCAUCUCGAGGACCGGGGGUGUCUGGCUGAACAACGUGUUUGGGACGGUCAAGUUCAUCAUGCUGCUGCUCAUGUUCAUCCUGGGCGUCGUGUACGCCGGGGGUCGCCUGGGUGGGAACGAUGAGAUUGCCGCCGACAACCUAAAUGUGCACAAGUCCUUUGCGAAUGCCGCGACAUCAUCAUACGGCUAUGCUGAAGCCUUCCUGGGCAUCAUCUUUGCCAUUGGCGGUUUCAAUCAGGCCAACUAUGUCCUGGGAGACAUUGACGAUCCUCGAAAGAAGUUCAAGAUUACUGCUGUGACCACCGUCAGCGUUGUCAGCGUAUUGUAUGUCUUGAUCAACAUCUCCUACAUGCUCGUCGUGCCGGCCUCGAUCUUGUUCGGCCGCGCAGACGACACGGUCGCCCGGCCAUUCUUCCAACGCAUAUUUGGCGAGGACGCGGCCGACAAGGUGCUCUGCGGAUUCAUCGCCUUUUCGAGCUUCGGGAACAUUAUUGUCCAGACCUUUACGGCCGCACGGGUGAAGCAGGAGAUUGCCAAAGAGGGUAUCCUGCCGUGGGCGCGGUUCUUUGCCAACAACUACUCGCUGUGGCCGCGGCGGUCCCGGCGCAACUCCAACAGAAGAGCGGUAGAGACGUCAGAGGACACGCCCGCGGGGGCUUUGAUCCUGCACUGGGUCUUCGCCGUCUUGGUGAUCGUGCUGACCAUUCCCGAGCACAGCCCCACCGACGCCUACCGGACCGUGGUCAAUCUAUACUCGUUCACAAUCGACGCCCUGUUCGGGUUCGCCGUUGGCCUGAGCCUGCUCGUCCUGCGCCUGGCACCGGGCUACCACUGGGCCAGCAAGUCCGAGUCGAACGCGUGGGUAAGCAUCUCGGCGGCGCUCCUCUUCACCAUCGCCAACGCCUUCCCGCUGGUGGCCGUCUGGAUCCCGCCGUCGGGCGACACGGGCAUCACGCAGCCCGUCAAGUGGUAUCUGACCGGCACGAUCGGGAUGGGCCUCGUUGGCUUUUCUCUCGUGUACUGGGCUGUGUUCUAUUACCUCGUGCCGCGACUGAAGGGGAAGAGGCUCGAGGUGGAACGGGAGGAGAUUCUGGACGAUAGGAACGGGUACUGGAUCAUGUGGCAUGAGAUUGUGAGGUUUAAUUGGAGGGUUGCUUGA